AUUUGAGAGGAAAUCUUUCGUGUGGGAGGAUUUCGAUGAAACACUAAAAAGAUGGCGUCCUUGUUUUGAUUUACACACUGUGCUUUUCGUUACAAAUUUUCGCAUAAGCCAAUGAAUCUCGAACUAUGCACGCAAGCUUGAAUUGCACCUUGUCUAUGUUAAUCAAGUGAGUAUGUUAUGGCAUAAUAAUUCGAUAUGUACCUAGAGUAAUAUUCAUCAUAUAUUAUUUUGGCUUGUGAACUUAAGAUGACCGCCGUUCUAUUUUUUCCCUCUGAUGCUUAUCAGUUUGUAAGGGACACGUAGAUCGUCUGAUUCAUCACUUAUAAUAAUGAAUGGGGUGAUGAUUUCGAUUUCGCAAUUGCGCUUUCUGAUCACCUGUCUGACUAAUAUGGAUGGGUAUCCUCUUUGGAAAAACAUGUGUUUAACAUUUCGAAACAAAUUUAAUUUAAUGACUUAAUUCGAACGUGAGCUAUCGCUAAUAUCUUCUAUUUUCGUGUGUAUAAGUUCCGAUUGAAUGACUUGAUAGAUGAAAUUGAAAAAGGAUUACAAGUGGAGGAUUUAUGAAAAUGAAUAAUUAAUCUCUUAGUCGUCUGGCCUUUGUAGGCUUUCCAUUUAGCGACAUUUUCUUCAAAGCUUGUGGUUGAUUGAUACCUAACAGUUUAUUAGUCAUUUUCAAUAGCAUUAAAGGUUAUACUCUGGUCAAGACAAAUAAAUGCUAUUGGUUGAACAGACCAUAAUUAGCGAAUAGGUUUGUUUGUUUGUGGAGUGAAUUGUUACAAAAGCACAAAAGUUACGAGAAUAUUGUAAUUUACUUAUCGGCAACCAGUGCAUUCUCUAUCCACACAGGCCAAGCGAACAUUUGGCAGCCGUCCAGGUCGUUUUGGCAUUGUAAGUUUGUCAAUUAUGUCAAACGCAGACUACAACAUAUCCUUUCAGCGUUUUGUGAGAAAAAUGGCCGCGAGUAUUUUGAAGGAUUCGUCUCAGGAGAAUAACACUGGUCAUAUAAACAUGGCUGCACUAGAUUCAGCUGAUAUCCUCCGUGACACAUCUUUCGCUAGCUGCGACUUCCCUGCCAAUUCGACGCAUAAUAAACGUUCAUACGACGCCAACGUUUUCGACAUCUUAAAAGUACCCCCGGAAGAUUUCGCUAGUCAAAUAACUCUCAUGUACUUGUCAGUAUUCAAAAAAAUUGAACCCGAGGUUAACUUUUGGGUUCAAGGAGAGAUCCUCAAAGCCGAGAGUGUUCGUUUACGAGCUGAUAUUCUUGCCCAUUUCAUCAAAAUAUCUAAAAAAUUAUUUGAAAAACAAAAUCUACACGGAGUAAUGGCUGUAAUCUCGGCAUUACAAAGUGCUCCGAUUUAUAGGCUUUUCAGUACGUGGACCCUUAUGGCCCAAAAAGAAAAAAGAACUUUCGAGAAAUUAGCCGAAUUAUUUUCGGAAGAGAGCAAUAGAACUAAUUUAAGACAAUUUUUGGCUAAUGCUAAAAACGAUUGUAUUCCUUACUUGGGGUUAUAUCUUUCCGACUUGGUUUAUAUUGAUGUCGCUCACCCGCAUUCCGGUGGAUUGGACAAAGAACCACGACGAUCAGCCAUUAAUAAUAUUUUACGAACACUUGCGGAUUUUCAACAAUCUUCUUAUUCGAAUUUACAACCACUCGAACAUAUACAAAGCUAUUUCAAAGAUGUUCGAUAUAUUGAAGAAUUACAAAAGUUUGUGGAGGAUGAAAAUUUUAAGAAAUCUCUCGCGCUGGAACCUGGUCAAGAAGCUGUUGAGAGUCAAUCAGGCUAUCAUAGUUCAACUUUGAAUUCUCGACAUUCAGCUGACGACCUAGUCACGAGUAAUACACCGUGUUCAAAAGAGAGAGAUACCGCUCAUACAAUGCCUGCGAAACUCACUGCUGCCUAUGCACAAGGUCAACGCCAUCUUUUGGAUGACAGCGAACUCGCACCGUCGUGUUCAACUUCAAAAUCUGAUGAUAUCGAAAACGAAAAAAGUGAUUCUGAAUUUGAGUCUUUGAGAUCAACGUCCUGCUUUCCUCGAUCUAGAAAAAACUCAAAAAUAUUUUCCCCGUUUAGAAGUCGGAGAGAAUGGAAAUGCGACACUGAUGACGUCUGUAAAGAGAUAUCAAUGGAAGGUGUUGCGAAAAGAAAAGUACUGCUGAAGGACGGAAAGCGCCCAAUGAUGGUUUCUUGGGAAACUUAUUGGUUGGCUUUAGUUGGUUCUAGUUUAUUCUAUUUCCCUCAUAAAAGUUUACGGUUGUCAAAGAAUCGAAAACAUUUUAAAAAGAACGCAUGUAAUAUGUCGCGAAUAGCCGGUUGGAAUGUGAUGCCUCUUGAACAAAACGUCUUCCAAAUUUACAACGGAAAAGAAGGACAUUUGAUUAAAUUUAAAUUUGAUAAUGUUGAAGAAAAGAACAGAUGGAUGGAGGCUACAAAAGCAGCUUGUGCUCAAGACAAUCAAGACGAGGAUUUAAUAGAUUUGUGCUAG